AAACCAUCACUCUCCUACCCUCUUAGAUAAGCCCCUGAAAACAUUAACAACCUCUGGUUUCCACACGUCUCAGACACACCAGCAAGAACACACUGCAUUCAAGAAAAAUUUGCCGACAUGGCCUCUGGCUGUGCUUCUUCCGCCAUUGCUGCUGUUGCUUUCUCUUCCCCAAGUUCCCAGAAAAACGGAUCAAUUGUGGGAGCAACAAAGGCCUCUUUUCUUGGUGGGAGAAAACUGAGAGUGAGCAAGUAUACUACACCGGCUGGAGUACGAUCGGUCACCGCCGUCUGCGCUGCAGCUGACCCGGAGAGGCCCAUCUGGUUCCCUGGCAGCAUCCCUCCUCCAUGGCUUGAUGGCAGCCUCCCUGGAGACUUCGGCUUUGAUCCGCUUGGUCUGGCAUCUGAUCCAGAGAACUUGAGAAGGAAUGUGCAAUCAGAGCUUGUACACUGCAGAUGGGCAAUGUUAGGUGCAGCGGGCAUUUUCAUCCCCGAAUUCCUCACAAAGAUUGGCAUUCUAAACACUCCUUCGUGGUACACCGCUGGCAAACAAGAAUACUUCACUGAUACAACCACACUCUUCAUUGUUGAACUCAUUUUCAUCGGUUGGGCCGAGGGAAGACGGUGGGCAGACAUCAUCAAGCCCGGGUGUGUCAACACUGACCCUAUCUUCCCAAACAAUAAGCUCACUGGGACAGAUGUUGGCUACCCAGGUGGCUUAUGGUUCGACCCACUUGGAUGGGGAAGUGGUUCUCCAGAGAAGAUAAAAGAGUUGAGGACAAAAGAGAUCAAGAACGGGAGGUUAGCAAUGCUGGCUGUGAUGGGUGCAUGGUUCCAACACAUUUACACUGGAACAGGACCAAUUGACAACCUCUUUGCUCACCUUGCUGAUCCUGGUCAUGCCACCGUUUUUGCUGCUUUCAGCCCCAAGUGAGAAAAAACAAUGGAUGAUGCUAGCUGGGAUUAAUAUGCAGAAGGAAUAUUGAUGAACAAUGUGGGAAGGGAGUUCACAGAUUUGUCUCAUGUGAUGUUAGCAUCAUUAGAAGUUGUAUUCCCUAUUGUCUAUGUCUGCCGUAUGAAAUUGGUGCACUGUACAAAUACCACUUCGAACUCAAAAUGCCCUAAAGAUAAAGUUAGGUCUUAAUGACAAUCAUCCUCUGGUGAAGUUUCAGAUUCAUGAAAUUCAGAGUCCAUCAGUAUAGUGUCAGGACUCAGGCUAGCCAAAAGGUUCAU